UAAAGGAACGUUCUUAAACUAGUUUGCUGUGUGUAGCAUAACUCACUUUAGUAUAGUUCAACCUUUACUGACCCAAAAUAUUAUAGAAAGGGAAACAUAGAACCCAAACCCCACUUAUUUUCGUAAUCGUUAAGUGAGGGCUACAUAAAAUGGAGGCACCGCUGGGAUCUUUUUGAGUCUUUGUGAAACGUUGAACAAGUAAUACACACCCACAAGUUGAUUUAAAGUAGCGAGUUCACAUUUUUUUUAUUACUGUGGUUUUAAAUAUGGCAGAUCGUUCUGGGUUAACUACAGAACUGAAAGGGUGGUGUCGGGGUGAAGGAUUAGAAGAAGCUAAAGCUCUCUUGGUAGUGGUUCCAGAAGACGUGGAGAUAGCCAAGAUAGAAGAAACAUUAGAGACUAUUAAAUGUCUAGGGCGAGUCAGAGUCAGGGGGCGUCAAUCUCACACCUCCUUGAGCUGCCAUAUGGUGCUCUGUGAAUGCAGAGAAAAUAUACCCAGAGAGAAUGCACCAACGGAAGUGCUGGAGCCGGACAGUGGUCAAAGAUGGCCGAUAGUCACUCUUGAGGAUGAAAGUCCAGCUUCCAAUGAUUUUGCUCAGAAGGUGAAAAGUCUCCUGGAAACUGAGGGAAAGACGAUGGAAGAUAUACAAAGCUUAUUUUCCAAACCUGCUCAACCACAGCACCACUCUGAUCCCCCCAUAAAUUCUACUGAGUCCAUAUUGCAAGCGGUGGGCGAUUUGUUGGAGAAGACACGUAAACCACAAGCUGAAGGUGGUUAUCGACGUUUGAGGCUGUUCACAGGAAACCUGCCAGUUCCUCCCAGUGAAGAGCCUUUUGACCAUUGGUUAGAACAGGCAUGGCUCAUGGUAGAAGAAAGUGACUGUACUGACAAGGAGAAAAGGCGCAGGCUGAUGGAAAGCUUAAAGGGACCAGCGUUGGAGAUUGCUAAAUCCGUUCGUGAGUCAAACCCUGAAGCAGGUCCUGAUGAAUAUUUGGAGGCGUUGGAAAGUGCAUUUGGCAGUGCUGAAUCUGGAGAUGAUCUCUAUUUUGCCUUCCGGUUAAUGCAGCAACAACCAGGUGAAAAGCUGUCGGAUUUCCUAAGGCGCUUGGAAAGGGCUCUCACUAAAGUUGUGCAGCGGGGAGGAUUAACAAGCUAUAACAAAGACAAGGCCCGGCUAGAACAACUUCUGAGAGGGGCUGUUAUUUCCGACCUGAUGCUAAUUCAACUGCGCCUGAGAGAGAAAAAAUCCUCACCUCCAACCUUCCUACCUUCCUCUGUACUUCCUCAGUACAGAGGAAGAGUAUGAAGCAU